AUGAUGAAUAAUUCUCUUGCUCAUUUGCCUGAUAAACCUCUGUGCCAAUAUAUGCCAAGACUGAACUGGCUAGACCUUGAAGGCAACCAUAUCCAUCACGUAAGAAAUGUCACUUUCAUCUCCUGCAGCACCCUAACUGUACUGGUAAUGAGACGAAAUAAAAUCAGCUCUUUAAAUGAAAACAGCUUUUCUUCUCUCCAGAUGUUAGAUGAAUUAGAUUUGGCUAGCAACAAGAUUGAAUCACUUCCUACAAACAUAUUUAAGGAUCUAAAGGAGCUUUCACAACUGAACCUUUCUUACAACCCAAUCAAGAAAAUACAAAUAGAUCAGUUUGAUUUUCUAAUUAAACUCAAAUCCCUCAGCUUGGAGGGCAUUGAAAUUGCAAACAUCCAAAGAAGAAUGUUCAGACCCCUAAGAAACCUUUCCCACAUAUAUUUUAAGAAAUUCCAGUACUGUGGAUAUGCCCCUCAUGUGCGCAGCUGUAAACCCAAUACUGAUGGGAUUUCAUCCCUUGAGAAUCUUUUAGCUAGCAUCAUACAGAGAGUGUUUGUCUGGGUUGUAUCUGCCAUCACCUGCUUUGGAAAUAUUUUUGUUAUCUGCAUGAGACCUUACAUCAGAUCAGAGAAUAAGCUCCAUGCCAUCUCAAUAAUGUCUCUCUGCUGUGCUGACUGUCUGAUGGGAAUAUAUUUAUUUGUGAUUGGAGCUUUUGAUCUUAAAUAUCGUGGAGAAUACAACAAGCACGCUCAGUUGUGGAUGGACAGUAUUCAUUGUCAACUGGUGGGAUCACUGGCCAUUCUGUCUACAGAGGUGUCAGUCUUACUGUUGACUUAUCUGACUUUGGAAAAAUACAUCUGCAUAGUUUAUCCCUUUAGGUGUUUGAAGCCCAGGAAAUGCAGGACAAUUUCCAUUUUGGUUCUUAUCUGGAUAACUGGGUUUGCUGUUGCUUUUAUCCCAUUGAGCAAUAAGGAAUUUUUCAGGAACUACUAUGGCACCAAUGGCGUCUGUUUUCCUCUUCACUCAGAACAAUCUGAGAGUUCAGGAAGCCAGAUUUAUUCUGUUGUCAUUUUUUUAGGUGUUAACUUGGCAGCUUUUAUCAUCAUUGUGUUUUCCUAUGGGAGUAUGUUCUACAAUGUUCACCAAACAGCUAUUACAGCUACUGAAAUUCAGAAUCAUAUUAAAAAAGAGAUGAUCCUUGCUAAACGUUUUUUCUUCAUUGUAUUUACUGAUGCACUAUGUUGGAUACCCAUUUUUAUUUUGAAACUCCUUUCUUUACUUCAAGUAGAAAUACCAGGUACCAUAACUUCUUGGGUGGUGAUUUUUAUACUGCCAAUAAAUAGUGCUUUGAAUCCUCUUCUCUACACUUUGACUACACGACCUUUCAAAGAAAUGAUUCAUCAGGUUUGGUAUAAUUACAGACAAAGAAGAUCCAGAAGAGGUAAAGGCAGUCAGAAAACAUACAGUCCAUCAUUCAUUUGGGUAGAGAUGUGGCCAAUGACUGAAAUCACACCAAAGCUAACAAAGCCUGUGCUUUGUACAGACUCCUCUGAUGCUUCAGUGACUACACAGUCAACAAGACUAAAUUCAUACACGUAAAUACAUUUCAAAUCUUCACGGUGACACCUGCACUGUUAGCUUCACAUCUGUGGGCUUACUGCUCUGCAGCAAUGAAGAAAAAUGAGGGAUGUCUGACACCUGGGCUCAUGUGAACCAAAGCAGGAAGAAGAGGGAGCAGUGUGUCUGUCUGCAGGUAGCACCGACA